AUGGAGUCCAGAGAGACCAAGAGAGGAGCUGGGAAACUAGAAGCAGCUGAACCUCGGAACAAACUCCCCCAUCUAGCACCCUCACUGUCCACAGACCCUGCCCUCUAUUCUGGGCCCUUUCCUUUCUACCGGCGCCCUUCGGAACUUGGCUGCUUCUCUCUGGAUGCACAACGCCAGUACCAUGGAGAUGCCCGAGCCCUGCGCUACUACAGCCCACCACCUACCAAUGGUCCAGGUCCCAACUUUGACCUCAGAGAUGGGUACCCUGAUCGGUACCAGCCCCGGGAUGAGGAGGUUCGGGAAGGGCUGGACCACCUCCUACGCUGGCUUCUGGAGCACCAAGGCCAGUUGGAGGGGGGUCCAGGCUGGCUGGCAGGAGCCAUCGUGACGUGGCGAGGACACCUGACAAAACUGCUUACAACGCCGUAUGAGCGACAAGAGGGCUGGCAGCUUGCGGCCUCCCGGUUUCAGGGCACACUGUACCUGAGUGAGGUGGAGACACCUGCCGCUCGGGCUCAGAGACUUGCUCGGCCACCCCUCCUCCGGGAACUUAUGUACAUGGGGUACAAAUUUGAGCAGUACAUGUGUGCAGACAAGCCUGGAGGCUCCCCAGACCCCUCAGGGGAAGUCAACACCAAUGUGGCCUUCUGCUCUGUGCUACGCAGCCGCCUGGGGAACUACCCACUGCUCUUCUCGGGGGAAGUGGACUGCGUAGACCACCAAGCCCCAUCUACACAGCCUCCUGCCUGCUAUGUAGAGCUCAAGACCUCCAAGGAGAUGCACAGCCACGGCCAGUGGAGGAGCUUCUACAGACAUAAGCUCCUGAAAUGGUGGGCCCAGUCCUUCCUGCCUGGGGUCCCGAACGUGGUCGCUGGUUUCCGUAACCCAGAGGGUUUCAUCUGUUCCCUCAAGACCUUCCCCACCAUGGAGAUGUUUGAAAAUGUCAGGCAUGACCGUGAUGGCUGGAACCCCUCCGUGUGCAUGAACUUCUGUGCCGCCUUCCUCAGCUUUGCCCAGAGCACGGUUGUUCAGGAUGACCCCAGCCUCAUACACCUCUUCUCCUGGGAGCCCGGCAGCCCAGUCACUGUGUCCGUCCACCGAGGUGCACCCUAUGCCUUCUUGCCCACAUGGUAUGUGGAAGCCAUGAGCCAGGACCUCCCAUCGCCCCCCAAGACUCCUUCUCCCUGGGACUGAGGCUUCAGAGGAGCUGGUCCCGUCUCCGUACCCAGAUAAUAAAGGCUGAUUUCUAAG